UUCGUUAAUUUUACUACGCAAAAUGACCACGGAACAGCCACCUCCGGAACCACCAAGCCGAAAUUGGACCAGCUACCCACGACCAGCAAUGUAUGCGGGCCGUACCGGUGAUUUCCGUUCCCUGGACGAAAUUGCCCCGGUAUUCCGUCACGUCUUCAGCGAGUUCCCCCGCUUCAACGAAAUCCAAUCGCUGGUCAUGGAUGACCUAUUGUACACGGAUAAAUCACUGGUCGUUAGUGCCCCCACCGGUUCCGGGAAGACGGCAAUUUUCGAGCUGGCUAUGAUACGUCUGCUGAUGAAGCUGGAGGAUGCAAAGUACAUCGGCGAUUUCAAGGUGAUUUACAUCGCCCCCAUCAAGGCACUGUGUGCGGAAAAGUUCAACCAGUGGAGGGAAAAAUUCGACCGGCUGGGAGUGAAAAGUGCCGAAGUUACGGGCGAUACUGAAUUUCGCGAUUUCUGGGAUUUGCCUGAUUGUAAUUUGAUUCUCACUACGCCGGAAAAGUGGAAUUCGAUUACGCGGCGGUGGAGGCAGAAUGUUGGCUUUGUUCGUCUCGUCAAAUUGGUUAUGAUUGAUGAGGUGCACAUUUUGAAUGAUCCCUUUCGGGGUCCUAUACUGGAAGCGGUUGUUUCGAGAAUGAGAAGCAUUCACCGGUUCAUAGAUACGGGAUGUGGCGAGCAGCAACCGGUGGAACCGAUGAGAAUUAUUGCACUUUCUGCGACGGUUCCCAAUGUGGCAGAUUUGGCUGCGUGGGUCGGUGAGAAAAAUACCACUUGCUUCUACAACAUUUCCGAAUCUCGUCGACCAAUUAAAAUAGACAAACACGUCCUGGGAUUUUACUGCGAUCCAAACACGACGUCCUAUCGAUUCGAUAUGAACCUGAACUACAAAUUGUUUGACAUUAUCCGGAAACAUUCCAGCGGACGGCCGACGCUGGUUUUCUGUAGUACCCGAAAGGCUACAGAGAUGGCCGCUAAGCAUUUAACUGACAAUCAUGCCCUGGGUCUGUCAGAGGAGCAGAGAAACAACUUGCAAACCAUUGCGGAACGGGUUCAAAAUGUCGAAUUGAAGCGUCGGUUGGCGGCCGGUUACGCCUACCAUCACGCCGGGUUGAGCUUUGCCGAUCGAAAUAUGAUCGAGGAUUCGUUUCGGUCCGGACAAAUUCCGGUGUUGUGUUGUACAAGUGCACUAGCGAUGGGGGUUAAUUUGCCGGCGCAUCUGGUGAUCAUCAAAUCGACGCAGAUGUACACCGACUACGGCAUGGACGAGUAUCCGGAAAGUAGCAUCUUUCAGAUGAUUGGACGUGCUGGCAGACCGCAGUACGACACCUUCGGAGUGGCAGUCAUCAUGACCCAAAGGGAAAAAGUGCGCAAAUAUGAACGUCUCACCACCGGAUCCGUCCCGAUCGAAUCGUACCUCCACGAACACUUGGCCGAGCACUUGAACUCGGAGAUCGUACUGCAGACCAUCACCGACAUGCGAAGCGCGAUGGAUUGGAUCAGGUCAACCUUUCUCUACGUUCGGGCCCUUGCCGCUCCCGCCCGCUAUGGUCUUGGGGAAGCGGGUCGGGACAAAGCACAGAUCGAGAAAAAACUUGAAGAUUUGUGUCGUACCGAGCUAAGCGCCCUGGUGAAAUACUCCCUCGCGGCGAUCGCGAAAGAUCAAGGCGCUGAUGAUGACGAUGGAAUGUGGAUCAAGUCCACUCUGUAUGGACGAUUGAUGGCACAGUAUUGUCUGAAUUUCCGGACGGUGAAACUGCUCAGGAAGAUCAAAGGUACCGAACCGCUGCUGGAAGUGUUCACCAUCCUAACGCACUGCGACGAAUUUUCCGCGUUCAAGUGCCGCAACAGUGACAAACGAACGUUGAACGAACUGAACCGUUCGCAGGGAACCGCCGUCUGCAUCCGCUUCCCGCUGCGGGGUCGCAUUCAGACCACCCCGGCAAUGGUGUCCGUCCUACUACAGGCAGUUCUCGGAAAUUUGACCAUUGACCAUAACUCACUCCAGCAGGAAGCGGCCAGGAUGAUCGCAGUCGGUAAACGGUUGGUUAAAUAUAUGGCGGACUUUGUGUCCGUGGGUUGCAGUAGGCCCGAUGGAGAAUCCGGAGUCUACCUGGCACUACUGAAUACGUUGAUUCUGGGCCAGUGUCUGGAGUCGAAGCUGUGGGAAAAUAGUCCCUUUCUUACCAAGCAGCUCCGAGGAAUUGGAACGGUUUAUGCCAGUCAGUUGGCAGCCAGAGGGAAGAUUAGCUUCCAGGAGGUAGUCAAUACUGAUCCGAGGGAGUUGGAAGUGAUUUUGAAGAAAGCGCCUCCAUUCGGUAAUGACAUUGUCGAUUUCGUUCGGAAACUCCCGAAUCUCUCGAUUCAACUUGUGCUGAAAGAAGAUUACAUGAUGGAAGUAACGGUUGUUCAAAACAAUGCCGUUCACGAUAAACAGAUAUCGGUGAAGCUAGCGAUUCUGGUCGGAGACACCAAUAACAAUGUGUUGUAUUUCAACGAUAAUUGCGAUUCCAGUUUCGGUGGCAAUGGAAGCUUUUCCGUUUCAUUCAAAAUACUAGACGCAACGGUGGCCACCGUCACGGGUCACGUAAUUUGCGCCAACUGGGUUGGACUGGAUUGUUCACAGACGGUUGUGAUCAAUGAAGAAGCAGCGGCGGCAGCUGACAAGCAAAAGAGUCGAAAGUCGAACAAUCAACCGUCUAAAAAGAUCACUGAAUUCUAUCACAAAGAGAUAACAGAAACUACCGAGAAUGAGGUAGUCGAUGAAAUUAUCGACCUUUCUGCUUGGAAUGAAACUUUCAACUCCAUACCUACUAUUGAGCUUGAUAGUAGUCCAAGGAGAGGGACCCUGGAAUCUUUCCAGUUUACCAGAAAACCGAAGAUGAUUCCAAGCAACAAUGUGUCUAUUGUUAACGAAACAAUAACCGAAAUCAUCAACAAUUCAGUUGUUCAAGUUGAACCCUACGAUGUACAAGUAGAUAUUGAGAACAUUCCACCUGUCGAUUCAAUCAUGGAAGUUGAAGCUAAACGACAGAGAAUCGAUUACAUGAAAACUGAUGACUUCAGUUGUAAACCGACGCUAGCACCAUGCAUUCCUCCAGUCCCAGCACGAUACAGCACCACCAACCGGCAGGAAUAUUUCAAAGAAAUGCAUCGAAAAAAUCCGUUCCUACUGUUCGGACGUCCGGAGGAUUACCAGGCGAGGCUGCAAAACCCAGUGCGACGCGUUUGUAUCUUUGGAGUGUUCACCGAAAUACCGAGGGUAAAGCGAAAUGACACGGCUGAAAGUGUGAACGGCCGUCGAGAUGAGCCGGCUGAAGUUCUUAGGACAGUUAAUCGCCGCUCAGACGGAGAUAAUGGCAUAAUUGGCCGUACAAAUUAUUUUCCCGAGCGGCCAUGCCGAAAGGAGUUGGAUUUGGGAAUUGCUGAUUUUCUAGCAUCACCACCGAAAAAGCAAAAGCAAAACUUCUUCCGGUAAGUUUACAAUCUUCAAAGCCAGCCAUUUUAAAAACCAAACAAAUAUUUCAUAAAAUAAUAUAAUCAAC